UACUGCGAGCGAAACACAUUAGCUGUGUUUUUGCGUUGGGUUUAGUGGACUCUACUUCUUACAUACAUAUAUAUAGCAGCACACCUUUUACCCUUUUCAGGGGUACUCAGACGUGUAACUCCUGAUACCUGAUGCUAUAUGAUGAAGGUGUGAUGCUAUAUAUAUAUAUAUAUAUAUAUAUAUCACAUCACACCUUUUCCCCUUUGCAGGGGUACUCAGAGGUGUAACUCCUGAGCGCGAUAGUCGUUUCGUGAGUGAAACACGCCAUCGAGAAGGUCUAUUUUUUACUAACACAAAAAAUCAAAAAAUAAAAAUAAUUUUAACAAAAAAUUAAACCGCCUUCAAAAACCACUCAAAACCAAAAAAUAAUUUCACAUAACAGGUAUAUGAGGUAUAUCAUCAUUAUCAUCAUGAUGAAUCAUACUUUGCAAGUUAUUUGUGUUUAUAUUAUAUAUUUUUUUUAACUGUUAUAAUUUUCCCAAUUUAGAGCACAUUACCAUUAUUGAGCGACAUAUUUUUUAUAUAAAUUGAACAAAAUGGAUCAUAUAAUGAUUAAUUAUGUUACGUGAAUGUUAGAAGACAUGGAAAUAAAACUAUUUUUACGGAUUUAUUCGCGGUUUUUCAUUUAUUAUGAUUUCCUCCCGACGUUUCAGGAAAAAAACUGCAGCUUUUAUGUUCACGGGGCGAACCGAGGCAAAAAUAAUUAUAAUACCUGUAUGUAUACUUAUAUGGAAAGACCGAGAUGGAUAUUGGUCGUCCGAAAGUCAAAGUUAUUAUAUCUAUCUACAUAAUCUUAUAACAUAGUAUAAAAAAACUGCGAUAAAAUCCAAAAAAUGGCUUUAUUUUAAUAUGGAUUAUAGUCUCACGAAACCUAUGAUUCUACUUAUUAAAAUAUUUUUUGUUAGUUUUUCGAAAAGAUUUUAUUAAAAUGUCAUAAUUUUUAUUCGUUCAUGACAAUCCGAAAAAACAAAAUGGAAAUAAAAUUGUCAGUGCAAUAUUUUUAAUGUUUUAUUUACUUUGGUUUUCAAAAUCUAUCAAGUUAUACAAUUCAUAUUAUGUAAAACGAAGUGCAAUGUGACUAUAAUCUUUGUAAAAAAAUCUUCAUUUAGUAAAAAAUGUCCACUGACGACGUUGAAUAUGACGAAUUUUGCGAUCCCAAUAAUCCACGGAAGAUAAAGUAUGAGGACAUAGUAGCUGCCUCUAAACGAAUAUUAGGAGCCGUAAUUCGUACACCAUGCACGAAAGCGAAUAUGUCUGAAAAACUUGGAAUGGAGCUAUAUUUGAAAAUGGAAUUUCUACAGUACACUGGAUGUUUCAAAGAACGCGGAGUGCGUAGUACUUUGACUACGUUGAGUGACGAACAAAAGAAAUACGGCGUCAUUACUUCAAGCACCGGUAAUCACGGCAUAGCUGUAAGCUAUCACUCCACACAACUGGGCGUACCGUGCAUAGUAGUAAUGCCGGUAAACGCCCCAAUAACCAAAGUGAACAAGUGCGGGAGACACGGUGCCAAGAUUAUCCAGUUCGGAACCACAUUGGCGGAAGCAAAGAGGCAUGCUAUGACUAUAAGUAAGGAAAAGAAAAUGAUGUUUAUCAACGGAUUUGAUCAUCCUCACGUUAUAGAAGGUCAAGGGACUGUGGGUUUAGAAAUAAUGGAACAAGUCCCGGCUGUUGACGCCAUAAUAGUCCCAACAGGUGGCGGCAGUUUAUUAUGCGGCAUUUGUAUUGCAGCAAAACAUAUUAAACCUGAUACUGAAGUUUACGGCGUCGAAACCGAUAAAACAUGCAGCAUGACCGAAGCACUAAGGAAGAAUGAACGAAUUUAUUUUGCUAUUGAUUCAACAAUCGCCGAUGGAUUAGGUGUCAAUAUGGUCGGAGUUAAUACAUUUUAUAAUAUUAAGGGGCAUGUGGAUAAAAUGGUGGUGGUAAAAGAAGACUGGGUAGCUCGAGGUAUCAUGCACAUCAUAGAAGAAGAGAGACUUGUUGUUGAAGGUGCCGGCGCUACAACUCUUUCGGCCGUUAUGGCGGGAUUAUUUCCAAAUUUGAAGGGGAAAAAGGUUGUUUGCGUUUUAUCUGGAGGUAACAUCGACCCGACAAUUCUAGCGCGUGCCCUAGAAAGGGGUAUGGCUGCCGAGGGUAGAUUGGUGAAGUUUAAAGUGACUGUCACGGAUCGUCCGGGCGGCAUGGCUGAGCUCUGCACAAUGAUGGCUGGUAUUGGUGUUACAAUGAGGGACUGCGUGCCGGACCGUGCUUGGGUCAAGGGAGAUGUUUUCAGUGUGCAGUUGAAAGUUAUAGCAGAAACAAGAGGCUGGGAUCAUACAAAAGAAUUAAUAGAGCAAAUUAAAAAGAAUUACAAGGAAUAUUUCUUCCUGGAAGUAGGCGAACGGCAAGAUAAGACUGCAGCCACAAGACGCGGCCCGUGUCUCGCGCCUAACCCUGUCUGUAUGCAAAAGUAAAUAUAAAAAACUACGUAUUGUAACAUUUCGAAUUAAAAAAAUUACAACUAAGUAUAAGUAGGUAAUUAUAUGAAUUAUUAAUAUUCUGGAUGUGCAAUUAAAUAUGCUGUGUAUAGCCAUUUUA